GUGCAAUACAAGUCAGACAGGUUUAAAAUAAAAUAAAAAUAAAGAUUACACUAGAAAGUUGCUCACCAGUCUCCGGGCUAAUGUGUAGUCUCUCUUUGUGAAAACGUUUUGUCUGGUCUGGUUUGUGUGUGAAAAUCAUCAGAGAAAUAUUUUUCUGUCGUGUUUCUCUCUCUGUCCGCCUGUUUCAGGUAUCAUGAGUGGAUGAAAUCUCCUGAGCUGCAGCAGCUGACCGCCUCGGAGCCGCUGACCCUGGAUCAGGAGUACGACAUGCAGAAGAGCUGGAGGGAAGACGAUGAUAAGUGCACGUUCAUCAUCUUGGAUAAGCAGCGGUGGGCAGACAGCAGCGUAGAGGAGGAGCAGUGCAUGGUGGGAGAUGUCAACAUGUUCCUGACUGACCCCGCAGACCCGUCGCUGGCUGAGCUGGAGGUCAUGAUCGCAGAGCCGAGUUACAGAGGGAAAGGCAUCGGGAAGGAGGUGACACGCAUGAUGAUGAGCUACGGUGAGCAGAAGAUCUCGUGUCCAAACACGUGCU